AUGGAUCGCUGGCGCGUCCGGGUGGCGGUGGUGACUGGCGCCAGCGCGGGCAUCGGCGCCGCCGUGGUGCGCGCCCUGCUCCGGCACGGCGUCACCGUCGUGGGAGUCGCCCGGCGCGCCGACAGGGUGCAGGCUAUUGCCAAGACCCACUCGUACCCUGGCAAGCUGCACGCAGUCGAGGCAGACCUGAGCAAGGAGGGGGACAUACAGGCGGCCUUCCGCUGGCUCAAGGAUAACCUUGGCCGCGUCGACAUCCUGGUCAACAACGCUGGCGUCUUCUCUGACUCUCAGCUUACAGAGAGCAGCACGGAGGAGUUCCGCCGCAUGCUGGAGGUGAACGUGCUGGGGCUGACGCUGUGCACCAGGGAGGCCGUUAACCUGAUGCGCGCCAAGGGCGUCGACGACGGCCACAUCGUCAACAUCGGCAGCGUGGCGGGCCACUGGCUACCCCUGAUGUCGGAGGGCGCUUUCUACUACGGCACCAAGCACGCGGUCAGGGUGCUGUCCGAGGGCCGGCGUCGCGAGUUCCUCCAGCGCGACUCGAACAUGAGGGUCACCGUGCACGAGAUGAUGGUGAUGCCGGUCAAACAGAAGCACCUGAGCGAACUGUAGCAGACACGCUGCCUACUUGUGAUAGCCUCUUCAGUAUGCGACA